AUGACGCCUCAGAUGAGCCCCCGCUCACCCCUGGCCCACCUGCUCAAACAAGGCAGCAAACAACGGCUGAUCUGUGGAAAAGACCAGGAGGAGGAGGAGGAGGAAGAAGAGCGAAGGAGACAAGAAAGGAGGAUUGAACGUAUAGAGCCAGUAGGGAGGGCUGAUUCUUCACUGGAACAUUCACCUGGGUUUAGUCUAGAAGGCCUGCUCAAGCCAGUCGAAGUGUCCAAUGGAGGAGGGCCCCUGGGGAUCCACGUAGUGCCGCUCAGUUCGCACGAUAUCAGGACGCAAGGCUUGCUGGUUAAGCGUCUGGAGCCAGGGGGAAAAGCCGAGCAGGAGCGGCUCUUCCAGGAGAACGACUGUAUCGUCAAAAUCAAUCAGGGAGACAUUCGCCACCUACGCUUUGAACAAGCCCAGAACAUUUUCAAGCAGGCGAUGCGUGGCCAGGCUAUCCUCUUCCAUGUCGUCCCCGCGGCCUUCAAAAGACAUUACGAGAUGCUGUUUAUCCAGAGCGAGCUCAGCCCGCCCCAUCCCAACAGAGUCCGCUUUAGCCAAGAUUCUCAACCGCCGAGGGACAGGUCCAGUCUUGUGGGGGGGAUGACACCCAGAACUGGACCACAACCAGGCUUCGAGCAUGACCACCCGGCGCCACUGGCAGGAAGCACCCCAGAGAUGAGCCGACGGAGCGCCACGUUACCGCACACCUUGGUCUCCAGAACCGCCUCUGCCUCCUCCCCCUCCCUGCAGCGCAGGGUGAGCACAAACCCGUCCAACAGCACCUACGUAAAGAACAAAGGACGCAGAUUCAACAUCCAGCUAAAGAAAGGUCCUGAGGGUCUCGGCUUCAGCAUCACAUCCAGGGACGUCCCCAUUGGUGGCAGUGCUCCCAUUUAUGUCAAAAACAUCCUUCCUCGAGGGGCCGCUAUCCAAGAUGGCCGAUUGAAAGCUGGAGACCGGCUGCUGGAGGUAAGUGGCGUGGAUCUGAAUGGAAAGAGCCAGGAAGAGGUGGUGGCCCUGCUCCGAGCCACGCCCAUGGGAGGGACUGUGAACCUGUUGGUGAUUCGCCCAGAGGACUCCCUGCUGCCUCGAGAAGUGCAGGCAGAAGAAGACGACAUCGUGUUAACCCCUGAUGGUACACAGGAGUUCAUGACCUUUGAGAUCCCUCUGAGUGACUCUGGCUCAGCAGGCCUGGGGGUCAGCGUCAAGGGGAACCGGUCCAAGGAGAACCACGCUGACUUGGGCAUCUUUGUUAAAUCCAUAAUUAAUGGAGGUGCUGCUAGCAAGGAUGGCCGUCUACGAGUCAAUGACCAGCUCAUUGCAAUCAAUGGGGAGUCACUGCAUGGUAUGACCAACCAGGACGCCAUGGAAACCCUGCGCACAUCCAUGUCUGUUGAGGGCAACAUACGAGGGAUGAUUCAGCUCAUCGUGGCCCGGCAUGUGUCCAAAAACAAUGAGGAAGCCCCCGGAAGCCCUCCAGUUUUAAUGAAUCCUGUGAACCCUCUACUGGACAACCAUGAGCGCCGGAUUUCAAACUCCCUGUAUGAAAGCAUUGACAGCUUGGAAAACCACACCAAACCGCUGGCUAAUACAAUCGGACGCAUUGGUAACCACCAGAUGUCUCCGACAGUGAACAUGCCGCAGGACGACAUAGUGAUGAUCGAAGACGAUAGGCCGCCCCUGCUUCCUGCCCAUCUUUCCGACCAAUCAUCCUCCAGUUCCCACGAUGACAUGGGCUUUGUGGGAGAGAACCCGGUGACCUGGCUCCACGAGCUGCCCGGUCAGGAUGAAUGCUCGCUCAGUCCUGACGCAAACCCUGACCCAUCGUUCCUGAGGGAGGGCUUCGGACGCCAGAGUGUGUCUGAAAAACGCAUCAAACAGUUUGAGAAUGCUGCUGAGUUGGAGAUCGUCAAGACGCGCAAGUCCAAGAGUAUGGAUCUAGUAGCAGAUGAGUUUGACUGCAGCACAAGAACAAAUGAAGGUUCUAAAGAACAAGAUGUGGGACCAUCGCUGGGCCUGAAAAAGUCAAGUUCACUGGAAAGCCUCCAGACGGCUGUUGCUGAGGUGACGCAGAACGGUGAGAUCAACGUCAACAGGCCCCGCUCACGGAUCCUCCGGGGCCGCGGCUGCAACGAGAGCUUCAGAGCUGCCAUUGACAAAUCAUACGAGAAACCUGGUACCACAACACCAGAGGAAGAAAACAGCAUGGAGACAUUGGACGAGGACACGGAGGGAAGCUCCAGAUCAGGUCGCGAGUCGAUGUCCACCAGCAGCGACCUCAAUUUGGGACCAGGGAUGAACGGCAACCUUUCCAAAGAUGACAGACAGAAAGACAAGGUUGGAGGCAAGGAAAAGAAGAAACCUGAACGGGAUAAAGAGAGGGAGAGAGACAAGGACAAGAACAAAGCCAAGAAAGGCGUGCUGAAGGGCCUGGGCGAGAUGUUCAGGUUUGGAAAACAGCGACCAGGAGACAAGAUGGAGAGGAAGGGCUCCAGUAAAUCUAAAGCUGAGGACAUGCAGGCGUCAGAGGACGAGACCCAGCGGAUGAGGCUGGAACAAGAGAGAAUACAGGCCAAAAAGCUGGAGCUUCGUGAAAGGCAGGAGAAGGAGAGGGAAUAUGCUGAGAUCCAAGAUGUUGUUGGCGGUACCUUCAGCUCAGAUGAGGAGCCCACCUAUGCUGGCAUCGGAUCUUUAGACUCGUCGAUGGAUAGCAGCAGCAUGGACCCUUACAACCACCACUACCAUCUCCCGCAGAGUCCCCUGAGUCCUCCCCUUCCCAUCAGCCAUCAGGAAAAUGGGCCACCCUUGGAGGCUCUGUAUGCCCAGGUCAACAAGCCGCGCAAUGGACGCCCUGCAGCUCCUGACAGCAGCCAGAUGGCUCCCAGUAAUCACGACCGGAUACUGAGGCUGAGGAACGAGUUCCAGCAUUCCAGGCACGAGGACGAUGUGGACGACCACAGGCACACCUACAGCUUCAACCAGUCCUGGUCGAGCAAUGGGACGGAACCACUGAGCGGACGCCAUUCAGUAAACGUUGACUCGCAGCAGCCGCAAGAAGAUGAUUUCCAACAAGCACGGAGACAGUUCAGCUCCCUGCCACGGCCACCCCAUAAGGCCCCCAGCACGGAGUCCCAGGACUCAUGGGACAAGGUGUCCAUGCCAGAAGAGGGCUUCCAGCCAUCCAAGGAGAACCCUCGCCACCCCUCCAGCCAGGGGUCACGUAACGGAUACCUGGGGACGUCCAACUUCAAUGCUCGUGCCCUCUUAGAGACUCAGGAGCUGCUGAGGCAGGAGCAGAGACGCAGAGAGCAGGAAGCCAAGUCCAGGCCUGCUUCCAUGCAGGAGACCCCCAGUAGCAUCGCCUACGACCACAGCAGAGAACACACUCAGGCCCCUGGCCCCGCCCCGAUGCAGGCCGCUCCUCAGACCAAGGGCCCCUACAGACAGGACGUACCCCCGUCGCCCUCUCAGCUCGCCAAGCUCAGCAGGCUGCAGGGCUCAGAGAAAGGGAGGCUGUUCUACUCUUGAGACAGUGACACGGAGGGACUUUUGGGAGAUUAGGACUGAUUCCAAAGAGCAUUAACAGGGAAACAUACAAAGUGGGCAAAGUGUCUUCUUUUUGUAUGAACAUGCUGAGAAACAAAGAUGUUGAUAGGAAAUGUUAAUAUUUAAAAAGGAUGUUUUUAAUGAUACGAACCAUUAUCCUUUUAAGCUGUCAAAAAGAAAUGAAUUGCUAUGUUUUACUGUCAUCUAACUAUGUGCAUAAGUGCCUGUCGUCAAUCGAUUGUUCCCCUUUCGCAGGCGCCAGCCCCAUUUCUAUGGCUCAUGAUCUGCAGAUUUGACCCAUCCAUCUGAAAGAUUCAGUAGAGCAGACACCGCGGCAGAAGGCAAUUGGUUUGGGCCAUCGUGACAGCAGUGUGUCCCAAACAUAAUAACCCCCGAGCACGAGACAUGUUUUUGCACCCCUCCCCGUGCUGUCGGGGGUCUUAGUCGAUACAUCACUUGUGUGAAUGAGGCUGGUUUUUUCAGGUCACUUCGACGAGCAUAGCUUCUGCGUGUAAAGUGUGUGUGAGCGCUGGCUGGGGUCUGCAUGUGGUGACAAAGUGUGGAUGUUAAGCAGCUUGUGUGAGAGUCAGAGCUUGGGGUUUGGGCAUGACCCCCACCUCAGUUCAGGGAAAUGUCCCCUUUGGUUUCAGAUACGACACUCACCCAGACUGCGUAUACUCCUUUCAACCCCCUCUCGUAUUCAAUAAGAUAAUCCUGGAUUCCCCUCCUCUGCUGGCUGCUUUAUCUCACUUUCUUCUCCUUCACAUUGUCACCAAACGUUCUCUCAGUGGAGGGAACAGCUUUAAAUCCCUGUCCUGCCCACCCAGGGAAACCAGUAGUGUGAGUGGGGUCGGGUCUGGGUUAUUAAUUAAUGUACCUCAUUAAAAAUGAAUGGCCCCCCUUUGUGUGUGUUUAUGUUGUCAUGUAUGUCGAGAUAAAGAAACAGGGACCUUGCCAUCCUCGCCUUGAGAGAAUCGUCUGUAACCGAAACCUUUAGGUGUCUGAGUUGUUCCUCGCUGAAUAUUUCAUCAGCGUGGUUACAGAGGGAACCACAGCGCACUGCAGUAGGUGGCCUCAGAGCCAUCUGCCCCGUACAAUGGAGCUGAUUUUGUUUUCUUUUCAUGAUUAUGUCCAUUGGUAGAAAACCAUUUUGGGGCCUUUCUGUGGUUCAAUCAAUAAUUAGUGGUGUGCGAGCGUGUUUGAUACUGUGUGUGUGUGUGUGUGUGUGUGUGUGUGUGUGUGUGUGUGUGUGUGUGUGUGUGUGUGUGUCGUAUUUCCAUCCCUGUAAGAAAAAGCUUUGGUUGUCAGAAUGAGAAAAUGUUUUGCAAUGUGAGGAUGUUUCCUAAGACAAAGGUUCCUUUUGAGUUACAGUUAGGUUUAGUUAAGGUUGAGAUAAGAUGUCAAAUUGAUUAUUGAUUAACCCUGACUUGGUUUUUUAACAUGUUUUUUGGGUCAUUCAUUCAGCACACGUACAUGCACUUAGGAAACCAUGUAACACAGCUAACUGUAAAAUGUGGUUUCCUUAGAAACCCUGGUUCCUGUAGUAACCUGGUAACUGUGCAUCUGUGUAUACAUGCAGCAGGUCAGUAAUCAGAUGUAUUCCCUGCCCCUGACAUCAUUCCUAAACCUAGCAUACUUUUUUUUAACUGUUCUAGUAAUGCAACAUGAUGCUUUUUGAUGAAUGUGAUUCUGUUUUACAAAUCCAUCAAUGUUUAGCCAUAGAAACCGACUUCAAGAGGCUACUUAGUGUCAGUUUUAGGAAACAAUCAUGUUGACUACGAAUGCAUUUCCACAUGUAAUGAUCUCUCCCUCUGCACAGCUGUCCCAGCUCGUCUCUCUGUGUGAAGUCCUUGUCAUGCAAAUGCUCACAUGUAAAACCUGGUUACAUGCACACAUAGCCAAGAAAUCUGGCUUUGUAAAUCAGGUUUCUGUAAUCCCUCUUCCCGGAUUUCAAAAAACGGGUUUCUGGUUUACAUUAUGAUCAUAAAAUCCCCGGGAAAUACAACUGUUACCUGGCCUCUUACAGUCAGUGCAUGUUAACAAACAUUAGGAACAGGAAGUUACAAACAAGGCCAUAUUUGAAAGAUCCAUUGAAUUUGUACAUCUAGAAGUUAGAGUUCACGGUUUCUAUGAACCAUGCAAUGGGUAGUACAGGUCGGAAUCUAAAGUUAUUGCCGUAAAGGGUCUAUGGGUCUCACAAGUAGAGCGUUCUUAAUUAUAAAAUUGAUGUAGAAAACAGUACUAUGAUGUCGGUCUCCCAAUGUUCUAGUGUGUGUGGGUGGACAUGUGUUUAAGUGUCUGUAAACGCUGCCAGUAACUAGAUGCUCCAAUAUGUCUAUGAAUAUGUCUUGGCAGCCAUAUGAACCACUUGGCUACUGAGUGGGAGAAGAGCAGAGGAGUAGGAGGGAGAGAAGAUAGGAGGACCUGACCCCGCAGAUGAUUCAGUCAAUGGAGUAAUCACAGAUAUUCCUCGGAGUCUGCGGUACAAACAGGAGGUUACCCACCAGGCCACGCUCACUUUAGCUGUCUUUUCUUCUCCUCGUUUAUCUCUCUGUCUGUUUCAGAUGUUUCUUUUUCCACCGCAGAAUGGUGUGUGUGUGUGUGUGUGUGUGAGUGUGAGGAGGUCCAACACUGAUAUAGAAGCUGUAAUAACUGAUGUUUUACAUGUCUCCAUUAUGAACUGGGGAGGGGUUCAAGUGCCUGUGAUAUCUAAUGAGUUUUUUUUUCUCUCCUCAUAUGCAAAUGUAAUAAUAUCCCAUAAUGCACGUUUAUUAUUUCUGUUGUGUAAUUAAUGUUUGUGCGCCGCCUCUGUGACAUAUGGAUUCUUCCCAUAAAGCUAUUGUUUCGGGGGAUUUUCUUUUUCAUCCUGGGAGAAAUUAGAAACAUAUUGUUAUUUCAUUGUGUUUUUUUAUGACCAUCCUUCAUUGUCUUUUACUAUCCACAAUAUGGUACUAUGGUGGUAAAAAAUGAUUUAGAUGUAAGCACAGUGCAAUUUUCCUUUUUACAUCGGUGUAUCAUUAAGAACUGUUUUUGCCAUUCUCUGUACAUACAAUAUAAAAAAAAAAUGUCAAUGAAUAAAUAGCGGCUAGAUUCAAAUUAUUGUAACAAUAAUUUCCCUUGAAUGUGCUGCUGUAACAAUCACAAAAGGUUUGACAGAUGUAACAAGCAGUGCAAGCUUCCAUUCCAUCUUAUGUAUAAGUUAGUGUGUUUCAGAUGUAUAAAGUUAAUCUAAGACAACCUAUAAAACAAAAAACGACUCUAUUUGUCAUCUGGUUGCCAGAUUCUUCCUUCUUCUUUCAGCAGCUAAAAGAGAGAAUAAAGUGAAAAGAGAAAAAAAGUAUCAGGAUUUUGAGUUCCUCCAUGAAGAAUGUGGAAACAAGUUUAACCUCUGCAGUUGCUACAGCUGUACAUUGGCGCAAACUCAAAAUGUGGCUCCCACAUU